AUGUCUUCCGCGGCAGCUGCUUUGACCCUCAAGCAGAACGACAACUUCGAAGAUCCCCAACGACCGUCGCUCGGUCUGAGCGGGGCGGACAAGAGGGAUUCUGACGCUUACGUAGUGCUCAUCGCAGGACAAUACGGUGCGGACUUAUACCCGAUGCCGAUUUCGAUUCUCAUCAGUGCACCGGUACAGCUUGUGCCAAGCCCUCCUGUCAACGUCAACGUGAACAUGUAUCAAGUCAACAACUUUGUUGUCAAUCACUACCUUGGCCCACCAGAACACAGUGGCUCGGAGUUCAUUGCCCAGGGGUCGCGAAGGGGUCGGACCCCUACCGUCUCCUGUCCCUCCCACCCGCCGUCGGAUCUCGCGUAUCAGCAAGGAAAUACCUCUUACUGCCCUAACCACCCGAACAUGUGUCGUGGCUGCCCCUUCCACCCGCCCGGUACCGCCCAGUUCUCGCGCUUGGGGGAGACUCCACCCCGCCCUCCAGUUGCUCUCCCUCCUGCCCAUCCUGGGCAGGGGCAGAUGUGGACUCCACCGUCAAUCCGUGACCAAGAUUGGUCGCUGAGGUCUUGGGAACAGAGGCCAGAUGAGGACCCUUGCAGGCCUGUGAUUCCGGAGUAUCACUACACGUCUGUCUUCCCGAGCUACGCCGCUCCCAGCUUCCGGCGCGCGCGAAGUAGAGGGCGCGCGUAG